CCGAGUCCACAGCCGUUGUCACCUGCGGUGUCAGACAGCGGGUGCACCUUUAGUCGAUAGGCUAAUCUCGAGAACAGCAAAGGAAACCGCAACGCCAAGCUCUUCAGUAGGCGCUAUAAAAGCAAUAAGCAUUCUCAAAGCUAAAAAAAAAAAGAGAUAGAGAAAAAGUCCCGCCAAUCUCGAGCACCUCCCGACGGGUUCAUUUUCACUGCGGAGUCUCAGUAGAGAAGUCUUGGUCGGCGCCUUCUCCAACACCGGCCCUUCAAGAUGGCUUUCAUGAUGCCCGUUGUUCGAAACGACUACGACAUCUACAACCGGAGUCGACGCAGCUCACCCGAUCACAGCAACAUCGGUAGUCCACUGGGGAGCACAAGUCUGUCAACGUCACCCAAUGUGCACGGCAGCGGCGAAGACGUCCGCAAGAUGUACCGCACUCACGAACACCUGGAUGCCCUAGGUCCACACCGGCCAAGGUCAGGGUCACUGACGUCACUCAAGAAGUUUCACCACCUACUGGUGGAUACGCUGAAGCGCGCCGCGCAUCACAACAGCCACGCCCAUAUGGCGACGGGAGCAUCGAACUCCGCUUCUGGCUGUUCCUCAAGUGGGGAGGCUAAGGAACAGGCUGACUGCGACGACGAACAAGACCACAUCAAAGAAGAGGAGAAAAGUAAGUGAAGUGGCAGUCGGCCAUACUGCCUCGUACCCGCUUCCAAGCUAGCCUUCACAAAGCCGAUGGCCGUGCGCAACAGCCCUAAACUUGGUGACGUGCUCUUUUGGGUGCCAGAAGAACAGGAUACUACUUCAAGACCAUGACGUCGACUGGUGAAGAGAGAGAAGACCAUGACGUCCUGAGUCGACGCGACGUAGUGCACAAGACGCGGCAAAAGACCUGUGAACUAUUUCCAACAUUCUUCGGGCAACCGCAGAUUAUUCGGACUUAAGAGUGUAUUCACGUGCUUUGAAGAACUUUCCUCAUGUGCGACUACCUCUGAAGUUCCUGAAAUGCACCUUUUUGCGAAGUUGAGCCGCGAGGAAAGAUCACUAAGAGGAUAUACGCGUGCCUUUUCACGAUCUCGGGCUAAAUAAACCUCAGUUGUCAACAGUGCA